AUUUUCACCGAAGGAGUUGCCAAUUUAAAUAAUUGCAGGCUAAGGCCUUGUCCCUUCAGCAUUCAAAGGCAUCCCUAAGAGCAUUACAUUUCGGCAAGUAAUAAAGAUAGGCACAUACUAUAAUGGUUGUGCUAUUGGAUGACAGUGGUGAAAGCGUAUAUGAUUUUGAUCUUGGCUCAAAUUUCGGUAAGGAUAGGCAGAUUCAUGAAAUGACAGAAAUGCUAGACGCAAAUGAUAUUGACCGACUCCGAGAAACUGUACUUUGUACGUCGGAUCGGCUUUUGGACAACAGCCUUAGAGCAAGAGCAUGGCCAUUAUUUAUAGGGCAGGAUCCUAAUUUGGAUGUCUAUAUGAAAUCUCUCUCGGAGAAAACCAGUGGAGAGGAGAGCCACAAGGAUACUGAUCAAGUACAAAAAGAUGUCGACAGGUCCUUUAUAUAUUUGUGCGAUACAGCUGGCGAACACAGUGAGAUUCCACAUUUGAGGAAACGGUUGUUCAAUGUUAUAAUGAAGGUACUUGAGGCUAUACCAGGCAUAAAUUACUAUCAGGGAUAUCACGAUGUGGCGACUAUGGUGGUACUAGCGUUUGAGGACGACUAUGAAGCAUUUCAGUUUCUUUACAUUCUGACAUUGCGAUAUUUACGUGAUCAUAUGAUGACAAGCAUACGUCCAACGAUAAAACAAUUAGAUAUUAUUCCUGAGUUAUUGAGUCACAUUGACUAUGAUCUUUAUCUCAUUUUGGAACCAUCACCACCUGUGUAUGCCUUAAGCAGCAUAAUAUCGCUCUUCACCCACGAUAUCACAAAUAUAGCGGAUAUAUCAUUGAUAUGGGAUUUUAUAUUUGCAUGUGAUGAGCCCCAACUGAUCAUCUAUAUAUAUACUGCCCUCUUGAUAUACUAUAAGGAUGACAUUAUUACGGAUUUGAAUGAAAUGAGCGACUCUUCCAUCGACUCGGCAGGGAGUAGAUAUGAUACUGAUAUAGUCCAUGCAGUAUUGAACAAAUUCAUACGGAUACAUCUGAGUAUUGACUCAAUUGACUCAAAGCUUGAAGUUUACAACGUUCUGAAACUUGCGUUAGAUAUAAGAAAAAAAAUACCCUUGACGAAACUCAAAACUUUCAGACAUAUUUCAAAAUUCUCCUUCUUGAAGAGUAAAUCCACAUCGAUCACCGUGCUAGCUUUGCAGAUAAAAGAGCACCAGCAGUAUGAAUCUCAGUUAAAUAAAAAGAGGUACAUAACUGAGAAGCUAAACAAUAGUCAACUAUUGAAACGAGAACUCCGCCGAUCACCUAUUCUAAUAAAAGCAUCUUUAGGUGUGUGCAUACUAGGAGUUAUCUUGCAUACAACGUAUAAGAACUCGGGAAUCAAAGUAGGAAUUGGUAACGAGUUAGCACGCAACGUUAUUGCAUUAUGGAACUGUAUGAAAGAUACAUUAAAAUGAUAUUUCUUAGCUUUGAGUUCUCCUUACAUCAUUAAAUAUCUGUAGCAGGAAUACCACUUUUCAUUAUGCGAAGAACACUUGAGUGAUAUAAUUUCAUAAAAAGGGUAGACCUUUUUUAGAAUGAAAGCC